AUGCCCUACUCACUAUCAGGUCGCAAUGUUUUGAUCACUGGAGGAUCACGGGGAUUGGGAGCCCUCACGGCCGAGAAAUUCGCCGCUGAAGGAAGCAAUGUUGCUAUCAAUUAUAUGUCCAACAAGGAGACCGCGGAUAAGUUGGCCGCGGAUAUUGCGAGCAAGUACAGUGUGAAGGCUGUCGUUGUUCAGGGUGAUGCUGGGAUCCAAGAUGACUGCUUCAAUGUCGUUAAGGCUACAGUUGAGAAACUGGGUGGCUUGGAUAUUGUCAUCUCAAAUGCUGGAUGGACUAAAAUAACCAACUUUGGUGAUCUUGAUGCUAUGGAUGAGGAAGAUUGGGACAAGUGCUGGUCUGUGAAUGUGAAGAGCAACUUCCACCUGUACAAGGCGGCUUUGCCUACUAUCAAUGCCAACCCCGAGGGAGGCGCAUUCCUCAUCACGUCUUCAGUCGCUGGUGUCACGGCAACUGGCAGCAGUUUGCCCUAUGCUACGACCAAAGCCGCCACCCUCCAUCUUAUGACGUGCCUUGCCAGAAGUCAAGGCCCUAAAGUUCGCAUCAACGCCGUUCUGCCCGGACUUUUGCUCACUGAAUGGGGUCAGCGUUUCCCUCAAGACAAGAUCGACGCCUGGACGAAUGCCACAGUCCUCAAGAAAGUACCCGAGGUGGAGGAUUGUGCAGAUAUGUUCAUCGCCAUGGCAAAGAACGCAUCCAUGACUGGACAGGCAGUCCUGAUUGAUUCUGGAUUCUCGACAUGA